AUGUCUCGCUGGCGCGGUAUUCUGUCCCGCAGCAAAGGGCGUUGCCGGAGCAGCACAGCCGCAACAGCGGCAGCAGCAGAAGCAACAGCAGCAACAGCUGCAGCAGCAGCAGCAGCACCCCAAACAACAGCACCGCUGCCGCAGCUGCAGCACCCUGACACUGUCUUUGCUGCUGCUGCUGUUUCUGCUGCUGCUAAAGAUUUAACACAAGAUGACCGCAGCAGCAGCUGCUGCAGCGGCAGCUCAGCGAGUGCUUGGCUGCCUCUUGCUGAUAUAAGGAGCGACGUGCUGCAAGACCUCCAGGAUGCCACCACCAGGAGGAGAGGGAGCAGCAGCAGCAGCAGGAGAAGCAGCAAGCACCAGCAGCAGCAGCUGGCCCUCAGCUGCGAAGACAGCUGCAGCACCCGCUGCACGGAUAACAGCGGCCUAUGCGCCACUCCUGAAUUUAGCCUUCGCAGCAGCUGCAGCAACAACAGCACAAUUGCCUCUCCCAGCAGCCGCAAAUGCUGCGCAGCAGGAGCCCGAGGGCUAGCGCCCAGCAGCAGCCGCUGCAGCUUCGGCAGCACCGUCUGCUGCUGCAAGAACUGCAGCAACACAGGGGCCCCCACACCGUCGAUGUCUCCAGAUUGUUCUGUCCAGCUGUAUCUGCAGGACGUUGAGCAGCAGCAGCAGCAGGUGCUGCAGCAGCAGGGCCCUGGAGGGGAAACGGUUUCAAGAGCAGCAGCAGCAGAUUCUGAUGCCGAAGAUGCAGGGGCUGCUCUAGGGCCACGGGGUGUAUGCAUGCGCCGAAGCGUGUUCGUGGAGAGCCCGACUGCAGCAGCAGGAGGUGCUGCUGGGCAGCCGUCGUGUCGCAGUAGCCGCGACAGUUGGCUUGCGGGUGAGCGGCAGCAGCAACAGCAACAGCAGCAGCAGCAACAGCAGCAGCAGCAACAGCAGCAGCAGCAACAGCAGCAGCAGCAACAGCGAGCACGACAUGCUAGCGGCUCAGCUUCACUGCUGGGAUCAUCUCUGAUGCUGCCCACCUCUUGUGGGGCACCUGCAGCUCUUGCUGCUGCUGCUGCCGCUGCUGCUGCUGCUGCUUCGCCAGGCGGGUCUUGGAGGGGACGAUCCCUUGAAGACCGAGUCAUCUUGCUGGGGGACAGCCACAGCAGCAGCAACAGCAGCAGCAGCAGCAGCAACAGCAGCGGCGACAACAGCCACUAUCGUCACUGUAGCAGCGUUGGUGCUGCUGCAGGAAUUCUGCCGCUGAUGCUGGACGCGGCUCCAACGGCAGCAGCAGCAACAGCAUCUCCCGUAGCUGCAGCAGCAGCAGCAGCAGCAGCAACAGCAGCAGCAGCAGCGACUACUGUGCCGAGUUUCUCAGCACUGUUUGAAACGCACUUGGCUCUUCCAGAUCCAGCAGCAGCAGCAGACUGCAGCAGGAGCACCAAGAGAGGAGGAGCAGCAGCAAAUACAUCUGAUAGCAUAGAGAGCCUCCCCGUUGUGCCGCAGCGACGACGGCAGCAGCAGCAGCAGCAAGCUUCUCGCAGCCGCACGCUACACAGACACCGCAGCUUCAGUAUUAGCAGCAGCAGCAGCAGCAAGGUGCUGUCUCGUUUCUCCUACCUAUGGAGUGGCAGCAAACUGUGGCGGCCGCCGCUGCAGCAGCAGCAGAGCCAUCCAAGCAGCAGCAGCAAAGCCAGCUUUGCUGCUGACGUUGAGACACAAGCAGCAGCACCAGCAGCAGCAGCAGCAGCAGCAACAGCAUCAAUGCAAAGAUGCAACACUAUUGCUGUAGAGUCCGUUCAAACCGCAGCAGGCAGUACCUCUGCUGCCCACGAAGCAACGGCAAUGCCCACCGCUUCCGCUGCUGCUGCUGCUGCUGCUGUUGCGCCGGAGGCAGCAGCAGCUUUAGCGUCGUGCGUUGCAAUGGGCUGCUGCUCCGAUAGCUGCAGGGGUGUUCACGUGGUGAGGAGCCUGCAGCAGCAACGGCAGCAAGUGCAACAACAGCAGCAGCAACACAUGCAGCAGCACCAACAGCAUAAGAAAAAACAUUCUGUCUCCUACCUUCUUACAUGGCGGCGCCGCCACACGGGGACCUCUGGAGCGACAGCUGCAGCAUCUGCAGCACCUGCAGCACCGAGGACAGGCCCAGCCACAGAAGAACCAGCAGCAACAGCAGCAGCAGCAACAACAGCAACACAUACGGCGACGCUAGCAGCAGCAGCAACAGCAGCAACAGCUGCAACAGCAGCAGGUGAGGAGGGCCCAAGUACUCUGUUCGGUGCAUGCGCCGGUAGAAGAGUAAACACGAACCCCCUUGUUGUUGGGGGCUGUGUGUAUGUGGCAGCGGGGCUUGAGCAGCAGCAGAAGCAGCAGCAGCAGCAGCAGCGGCAGCAGCAACACCAGUGGCAUGCAGAGCCGCAGAAGCAGCUGCAGCUGCAACGCCAACUCCUAGUGCAGCUGCAGCUCCAGCACGAGUCCCCCCCUGUAUGCCUUGGCGAGGCUGCUGGUGAUAUUUUAAGCGUUCCUUACAGCAGCAGCAACAGCAGCAGCAGCAGCUGCAGCAGCGGCAGUGCAGCGGCUGCUGCAGUUGCCACAGAUUUAGUACAAGCAGCAGCAGCAGCAGCAGCAGAUAUGACAGCGUCUGAAGACAACGACUUAGCAAAUGAGCAGCAGCGAGACCGCAGUGGAAUGGCAGCGAACUCUUCUUCUCCAGCAGCAGCAGCAGCAGCAGCAGGAGCAGCAAGCUCCGUGAGGGGAGCAGCUACAGCUGCAACAGGAGCAGCAGCAGUGGAGGCUGCACCGAAUGCAGCAGCAGCAGCAGCAGCAGGAACAUCCUCAGCAGCAGUAGGUGCACCUGAAAUGGGUGCUGCAGCAAAAGAAGCUGUUGUGGGAGUGACGGCAGCAGGAGAAACUACACCUACUGCUUCAACAGCAACAGCAGCAACAACAGCAACAGCAGCAACAGCAGCAGACGCCAAGUGGGAUGCAAGUGCUGCAGCAGCUGCUGCUGCAGUUGCUGUCUCUCUCUGUGACCAGGAUGCUGCAGCAAGCUCAUGCGAAAGCAUAGGGCCUAGCAGCAGCAAUAGUAGCAGCUGCGUGUCUCUUGAAGACUUCGAGAGGUGCAGCAGCAACAGCAACAGCAACAGCAACAGCAACGGCAGCAGCAACAACGACAAAAGCAGGAGGCGCAGUUGCUUUGCCGGGGGCUGGGCACGUGAGGGCCCACCCUUGCAGCGGCAGCGAAGCUGCAGCAGCUGCAACAGCAGCAGCAGCAGCAACAGCUAUUUAGACCUUGAGAAGAGGUUGGCGGAAGCCCUCAACAUUGGCUCUUCUCCUUGCGGCUGGGGCAGGCCAGGCAGCAGAGCAGCAGCAACAAAGUUUGCUGCAUCUACAGCUGCACGUACAGCAGCAGCUGCAGCGGCAGAUUUGCUGCCUGUUCCAGCAGAGCUGAUGCACGCUCCCCGCAACCAAUGUAUUAACAUGCACAGCAACAGCAGCAACAGCAGCAGCAGCAACAGCAGCAACAGCAGCAGCAGCAGCACAGUGGAGGUCGGCUGUAACUACCCCGUGGCAGGUGUUGAUACACCCCAGCCUUCUACCCCAGCCUGCGGCUCGUGCUGCCUGAAGAGUACUGACAAGGCAGCAGCAGCAGCAGCAGCAGUAGCGCCUGCAGCAGCAGCAGGUGCUGCUGCUGCUGCAUUCUGUGGGCAAGGGCCCUACAGCUCUGACGGGUGCUGCAGCGGAGGCAGCAGCACCCGCUGCAGCGUUUCGGAGGAGUCACCGCCUGCAGCUUUUCCAACGGAUAGCAGCAGCAGCAACGGCAGCAACAGCGGCAGCAAUAGCAACAGCAGCAGCAGCAGCAGCAAGGUUGCAAACCGGAAGCCUGACGGUGUGUUCGCUCCGGAGGCAGCACAACCGCUUGCUGCAUCAUCGGGUUUGUGCUCGCCUUCCUGCGCUGCAGCACCACCGCCUUUGGGAUUGCCUUGCUGCUGCUGCAGCGAACUGCAGCAACAGAUGUGCUCUGACCGCGCAGCAGCAGCAGCAGCAGCGGCAGCAGCAGCAGCAGCAGCAGGGGAGGGAUACCCUCAGUGUCUGACGGAUUGCAGCGACGUGGAUGAGUUCCUCACUCCUUCUCUCAGCCUCCUGCAGCAUUCAUCUUCUGCUGCUGCUUCUGAUUCGCCCGUUGCGGCGGACGAUGCUGCUGCUGCUGCUGCUGUGUGCCGUGCCCCCGGCUGCCCCCGCACCAACAGCAUAAUCCCCUGCGGCAGCCGUUGA